UAUGUAAGAUCUCAGAAAACAUCUAUCUCAGAGGCAGUGGGCAGUACGUAGAUGGAGCCAAAGAUGAGACAAGACCCUUCUCUGAAGUCGAGAGCUUUCAGGCCGCGUGAGAGAAAGCAGGCUGCUACAAUGAACGUGACCAGGAAUGUGGAGGGCCUUCUGGCUUUGAGCCAGCAGGAACAACUAGUGGAUAUGUCAAACAGCUACCCAUUGAGUGCAAGUGAAGAUGAGGAGGACAGUGAUGGAGAAAGAAAGUGUCAAAAGCUUUUGGAAGCAAUCAGUGCUCUUGGUGGAAAGAAUAGGUGGAAAUUGGCAGAGAGAUCUGAGGCUAGUCUGAAGGUGUCAGAGUUCAGUGUCAGUUCUGAAGGAUCAGGUGAAAACCUGGUCCUUUCAGAUUUGCUUGGCGCUGCUAAAAAGUUACCCUUACUGACUGUGGUGAAAAAGCAACUGAAUAGAGUCAGAUCAAAGAAGACUGUGGAGACGCCUCUUAACAAAGAGGAGGCUGAAAGGACCCUCAGGGAAGUAGCCUUCAGCAGAGCCUCACACACCCUCUCCAAGUGGGACCCUGUGGUUGUGAAGAACCGGCAAGCAGAGCAGCUGGUCUUCUCCAUGGAGCAGGAGCCGUCAGCUGUUGCUCCCUUGGAACACAUGUUCAGUGGCUGGAAAGCCCGAACCCCACUGGAGCAGGAUGUCCUUAACCUUCUUCAUAAGAACAGGCAGCCAGUGACAGACCCUUUACUGACGCCUGUGGAAAAAGCGUCCCUCAAAGCCAUGAGCCUGGAAGAGGCUAAGAUACACCGGGCAGAGCUUCAGAGGGCCCGAGCUUUGCAGUCCUACUAUGAAGCUAGGGCUCGAAGAGAGAAGAAAAUCAAAAGUAAAAAAUACCACAAAAUUGUGAAGAAAGGAAAAGCUAAGAAAGCCCAAAAGGAGUGUGAGCACCUGUUGAAGGCCAACCCGAAUGUUGCACUGGAAGAAGUGGGAAAGAUUGAAAAGGCCAGAAUGAUGGAACGAAUGAGUCUUAAACACCAGGAUGGUGGGAAAUGGGCCAAGUCAAAGGCAAAAAUGGCCAAAUUUGACCCGGAGGCCCGCCAAGCCAGGCAGGAGCAGUUGGCAAAGAACAGAGUGCUGACACAGAAACUCCAGGUGCCUCCAGAGAGUGAGGAAGAGCAGGAAUGCCUAGCAGAGGUAGCAACACUCUUUGCCUCUGAGGGGAUGAGUGACUUGAGUGAUAAUGCUCCAAACCCCUGGAUGUCCAGAGGAGAUAAAGUCCAGACAGAGCCCGAGCAACUGCCGGAGCUGGGGGCUCAUGAAUUUUCCAAAAGCGAGGGAGACGGGAGACCAGUGGUAGUGGAAGAUAUUUUGUGGAAAUAUUGUGAGCCAAGAGAAUUCCCUAGAAAAAGAUCUGAGCUCAACCACAAUGCCAAGCCAGUAGACAGACAGACAGACAAAGAUUCUAACAGCCUGAAGGUAUUAUCUGAAUCAAUGGCCUUGUCUCAGAAACUGAGUCAUCAGCCCAGGAAGCACGAAAUGAGUUCAGUGGGGAUUGUAAAGGAGAAGAGAGAGAAGCAGCAAAUGAUUGAUCUACAGAACCUUCUAAGUAUAAAAACUCCUGCUGUGAAGUCUUUGGCAGUUCCCACAAUAGAGGAGCUGGAAGGUGAAGUGGAGAGAGACCACAGACAGCUGAUAAAGGAAGCUUUUGCUGGGGAUGAUGUCAUCAGAGAUUUCUUGAAAGACAAGAGGGAAGCGGUAGAGGCAAAUGAGCCAAACUUGGACCUGACAUUGCCUGGCUGGGGUGAGUGGGUUGGUGCAGGCCUGAAGUCCAGCACCAAGAAAAGACGCCCUCUUCUUAAAACCCCUGAAGGUUCUCAAAGGAAAGACAAGAAUUUGCCCAAUGUGAUUGUCAGUGAGAAGCGCAACAUCCUCAUGGCAGGUCAUCAGGUGCAGGUCCUUCCACUCCCAUUCACCCACUACCAGCAAUUUGAACGGACCAUACAGAACCCUGUUGGGGCCACGUGGAACACCCAGAGGGCCUUCCAAAAACUGACCAUUCCCAAGGUUAGCACAAAGCCAGGCCACAUCAUCAAGCCCAUAAAAGCAGAGAAUGUGGGCUACCGCUCUUCCUCAAGGUCUGACCUUUCUAUGCUACAGAGCAAUCCAAAAGGACUCUCCAGACGUGACUACAAACAAAUGAGGACAUGCGCUGCAGAUUGAGUUCCAUCACGGGGCCUGGGCCUGGGAGCUCUGCUGCUGCUCUUUCGGUGGUUCUGUACUGUAGGAUCGAUUCUGAACUGCAGCAAAGUCUCUGGUUAGGCGCUUUUAUCUGCUAAAGAGCCUUAGACAUUGCAUUUUGAGAUACAGAAAAAAUGAGUGGCGUAAGAGAGUACCCAUAGAGUACCCUGCGAGUCAUUGAACAGACGUUCAAGCCCUUGGUAGCAAAGAAUGACUGUAGUCAAUUUAGGUAUUAAGAUUGCUAGAGCUGGCUUGGUUGUUGUAAUCCAGCACUCUUGGAGUUUGAGACCAUAAUUUGGAUGUCCACAAGGGGGAAAGAUAUUCUAGGAAGAGCUAACAGGCAGAGUGAGCUAAUGUAAAGAAAGCAGGUUAUAGGAGGGCAGGUGAAUGUAACUCAUUCAAAUACAGUGUAUUUGUAUGUGAGAGAGGAUUGGGAGGGUUGAAAAGUUAGCUGCGGAGGGCCUUUAAUGCUUGGCGCAAAGUAGUUUGGAAUUGCUCUUUUCUUUAGGAUAAUGGAGAAGGAAUUAAGGAUUGAUACGGUAAAAUGGGUGUUGAGAGGGAGAACAGUGCUACACUGUUCAUGCAUGUUGUUUUGAGGCGGGAGAGUGAGGAGACAGGACUACAACUCUAGAAGUCGUAGCAUUGGCAGGAGGAGUGGGUGACAUGAAGUCCGUUUCUCUUAGCACUUGGCAAAAGAUGUGUGGAGGAUAAUGCAGAAAGAGUUUUACUGAAUUAAGUUUUUGUGUAGGAGUGUAGAAUUAACAUCCUUUAGCUUUCCAUUUAAUAUGGGAAAGAUGAAACUCUGGUGGUUGGAGGGUGAGGUAGUUACAGAGCCCGUUUUAACUGUUCCUUUUCAGUGUUGGUUUUUCCUGUUGAUUGGAAUUUUUAUUUUUGGGAUCCACAAAGGUAACUUUGUAUGUGUCUGCUUUUACUUGUCUAGUUUGGAUCAUUUAUCACAAUAAGGUGAUGCCACUGUUGUAUUUUCCUUCUUGUUCUUGCUGAACAUAGCAGUCAGGAGGAGGUGCAGACAUGGCACUGAGGAAACUAUGCAAGGCCAAGAGGGCACUAUGGAAGUUUGUGAAAUGGAGUAGAACUUGAAUCAGAUGGUCAGUGCCAUACCUACGUCACAUGAAAUGGAGGUACUGUCUUUCCUUGUCGGAGCAGGAGAAUGCGAGUUAGCCAGGUCUCGUGGCGGCUAUCCGCCACUGCAGGUCUCCAGUGAGUCUGCUUCCUUUAGUCCUCCAAUAAAAAGUAUGGAGAGAAUUAGCUUCUUUCCUUCCUGUGACUUGAAUUUUAUGAUUAGGAAAGUUUGAAUUUACCUAAUUAUCUUUAGCAGUAUAAAAGCAUCUAUAAACAUUUUCCCUCCCUUCAAGACUAGAACUUAUAUAGUCCAGGCUUGUCUCUAACUUGCUAUGUAGCUGAAGAUGACUUUAAACUUUUGAUCCUCCUGCCUCCACUUUGGCAAUGGGGAUUGAAUCCAAGGUUUUUGUAGUCCUGUCUGUAGCCCUGUGAAAUCCUCAUGAGUUAAGGCUGGCGGGAAACUUGAAACUUGACAGCUAUAUUACAUAGUAUUUUAUAAUUAUGUUGGUUUUUUUUUUUUAUUUGAAGCAUUGUCAUACCUGAGUAUUGAUUUACAGGCCUAUGCCAUCAUACCUGGCUUGAAUGGCAUUUUUGUUUUGUUUGGUCAGGACUUGCUUUGUUUCCUGACUGACCCGAAACUCGUAGGUAGAGCAGGCUGGCUCCAGAUUUGUGGUGAUCCUCCUGUUUUGGCCUUUCAAGUGCUGGGAUUAUAUGUAUGCACCAACAUACCUGGCUUUUGAGUGUCUAUUCUGAACUAAAAUAUUUUAAGUUGGAGUUUUUAUUCUCCAGUUUUUAUUUGGGUUCUUGUUUUAAUAAUAAUAAUAAUAAUAAUAAUAAAAACCCUUAAGCUGCUAUUGCUUCUGGAUUUUAGUACAUAAGAUUUGUUUCUGUAUGAAUGUAUAGAAAGUAUAAUGCACAUGUAUUUGCCUAAAGUCUUGAGUAUGUUCAGUCGGGAGGUCUGGGAAACACACACUAGUUUAAGGAGGAAAGCAAGGUGCUGCUGGUUCUGCAUUCCCGACUGCGCCCCUGCUGGCCUCUCCGGGCUUGCAGUCACCUGUACACACUGGGUGCGCUGACGUGUGGAAUAUAUAGCGUGUCCUUCAUAUUUAACCUGCUGUUCCUUGUUGUGUCUUGUUACUAGUGUUCUUGAAGAAUAUUUUAGUGACUGUAACAGUCUAAUAAAUGUACAUAUCAUAAUGUAUCCUUUCCUAA